ACGCACCGUAACAGUGUUUAUUAGCCUUUACUCACACCAAAUGCCACAGGCAGAUGAAGUGAUGAUGUCAUACUUUGCUCUGAUUGGUGGGCUCUGCCUUGCUCCUCCCCUCUCCCUCUCCUCCCUGCCUUCUUUGCUCUGUCAAUCCUCAUUCACCCCAUCUCUUUUCAACACCACCCACCUCUCUCUCCUGUCCUCCUUCUGUCUCUCCAUCUCUCCUCUCCCCUCUGUUCCACUCUGCUCCUGCCAGGAAGAUGAUGAUGCCGAUGAUGAUGUGACACUCUGGCCAGCCAAUGAUCAUGCAAGGAGAGGGUGGAAGGGGUGUGUCCUUAGCCAGAGCUUUGAGCUGAUUGACGCUGAGAGGACCGAGGAGGAAGACGGGGCAGAGAGGGAGGUAGAGGAGGGUGGGGGAGGCCUAGUCCGAGUGGAGGAGCUCCUGCGCUGGCUUAAUAAAGGAGGAGAAGAGGAGGAGGAGGAAGAGGAGGAGGGAGGGUGGAAGCUGUCACCUGUCAAAGGGGGAUCAACCUGUGCUGUCAUGGAGAAGUAUCGACCAAAGAGGCCGACCACCCUGGCUCUGUUCCCACAGCUGCCUCAAGCUGGCACCCAGGACACCAUCAACAACAACUCUUUGGGUAAGAAGGACAGCUGGAAAGACUCCCGCUCUUCCUCCCCACAUGUUACAGGGGAUCUCAUACCACCAGCACAACCAAAAGCAGAGGACAAAGUCCGGCAGAGCACGCGGCGUCCGGCCCCCAAACCGCCCAUUGGAAACGGAGCCAAGAGCAAAGCCAACACUCAGGCUGCUGCUGCCACCACCACAGACGCACGCGCCCGACCACGGGACAGACAGGUGUCUGGAGCCACGCACACACAGUCCUCCAGCACACAAAGAGGUCAAAAGAGGGUAGGAGGAGGCGGAGGAAGAGGAGGGGGAAGAGGAGCGACAGCCAUGAGAGAGAGGAGCCUGCUGGACAUCAGAGGAAAAGGUGGAGUGACAGUAGGGAAGGAAGACAGAAGAGGGGGGAGACUGUGUGAGGGGAAGGAAAAAGACAGGAGUGAACAUCAGAGGCCAAGAGAAGCAAAUGGACUGAAAGGCCGGGGGACUGAUGGGAAAGGAAAAGCAGGUGCUAAAGGGGGUAACAAAGGAGGGGGAGUCAAGCCAAAUAACAUGCCAGGAAUUACCCAGGAAGUUUAUCUGACAGCCAUGGUGGUCCCACGUACGCCUGUAGCACCAAGAAACCAGGACAAGGCCCAAGACCAAGGCCAAAACCAUGACAGGACCCAGGAUAACGCCCCUGCCCUCUCCAGGUCCAGCAGCGAGGGCGGGUCAAACAGAAUGUCCCUCAGCUCAGACACAGAGGGCCCCCCUCCAGGGCCCCUGCAUCCUUCUCUAUCCCGCAGAAUCAACCCUGACAUCAGCGAAGAAGAGGGGGAGGGAGAUUUGACUCCCUUCAUGAACGGCCAGAAUGGUCUGACCAGCUGCCUUGCAGAUAAUGAAAAAACAGAUAUGGACUAUACCAAGUCAGAGGUGAAAGUAGGGGGAGGAAAAGGUGACAGUAACACUGAGGUGGAUGGCACCAACUCUGUCACUCAGGGAGCUCAUGCGGCUGCUCAGACCCUACCAAAGAGUGAAGCUACAGCAGGAUUAAAUUAUGAUUCUGUUAAAUACACUCUGGUGGUCGAUGAACAUGCUAAGUUGCAGCUAGUCAGCCUAAAGGACUGCUUCCACCGUUACAAUGAGCACAAUGAUGACAGCGAUGCAGAGACAGUCUAUCAGUCAGCCAAUGAGGAGGAAGACCCAGAGUAUAAGGACGAGAGGAAGAAGAGAGAGGAUGUAAGGAAGCAAGAGAGGAGGAAAGAAGAGGAAAAGGGAAUAAGGGAAGAGGAGGAGAUGAGGAAGAGAAGUGAAGAGGAUGUGAAGAGGAGGAGGGAGGAGGAGGUGAAGAGGAGGAGGGAAGUUGUAGCAAGGAUCUGCAAGCAGUCCAAGGUAACAUCUACCACGACCUCAGAGGAGGAUGAGUCCAAUGGAGGAGGGGCCGAAGCCUCCAGAAGCAGGAAGUUCCUUAACCUGUUUGCCAACAACAGUGGCCAUUAUAGUGCUACUGGUGCUGGGUCAUUUGGUCUGUUCUCCUGUGUGCUGGAUGGAGUGGAGAGACAUCAGAGCCACAGAGCUGUCUACAGGUUUGUACCUCGUCAUGCAGAUGAGCUCUGCCUAGAGACUGAUGACCCAGUGUUAAUGCUGAGCCGGUCUGAGGACCUGUGGUGUCAGGGUUACAACAUGAGGACCGGAGCUACAGGCAUAUUCCCCGCCUUCUAUGCUGUCAAUGUGGCCAAAGACGUUAGCCAAGUCCAGAAAGAUGGCUGUGUAGAGCAGUUCCUGGUGCGAUUCCUGGGGUCAGUUCAGGUCCCCAUCCACAAGGGCAACGAUGUGCUGUGUGCUGCCAUGCAGAAGGUGGCAUAUAACAGGCGGUUAGCCAGUCAUGCUCCCUCACCCUGUGUGCUGGAGGUCAGUGUGAAGGGUGUGAAGAUCAGCAUGCAGGAUCAGUGUCACUCUGCUCACAGGGGGGACCAGUGUUUCCAUUUCUUCCAGCUGAAGAACAUCUCAUUCUGUGGGUGUCAUCCAAAACACAGCAAGUAUUUUGGUUUCAUCACCAAACAUCCUGACCAGCAGCGUUUUGCCUGUCAUGUGAUGAUGUCAGAGACAACAUUACAUCCUUUGGCUGAGUCUGUAGGGAGAGCAUUCCAGCAGUAUUACAAGGAAAACAUUGGCUACUCGUGCCCCACUGAAGACAUCUUCAUUGAAUAACAUGUGUCCUCCAUCCACACUUUGUACUGAAUACUCACUAUGUGAUUGUAAGCCUGUCUUACACCACAUACUGGACCACAGAUAUCUUGUUUCCAGAGUACUUGCAUGGUAGAUUUCUUUUCUUACCUGCAUCCAGUGAUACAGUGAGCUUUUCCUUCUCUUGGCCAUGUCACGGUAUAAUUACCUCUAUGGAUGGACAGGAUCAAAUGAGGUGUUCCAUACAGUAAGAACGAAUGUAACAUCAAGUUACCCAAAAACAAAUAUCUGAUACUGAUAUAAUUUAUGGGCUAACAGGACUUGAAUCUAACUGAAUGCAAAUAUCGACUCUGAACUAUAUGGUCUUCAGGCCUGAAGUUAAUUUAGUGACAGAAUGUUUAAACAGUAUCAUCAAUUUGUGAACUUGUGGUGACAGCACACUAACAUGAGCAUGAUGGCAAAGUUUCUGCAGUUGGAUCCUGAUCAGGCCUGGUAUUAACACCUAAACACAAGUGGACAGUUCUGAGUGUCAGCUCACACCUGACAUUAACAUGCAUAUGAGUUGCUUAAUAUUCUCCUCACUCAACAACUUGUAAAAUCAGACCAUUUGUUAAGGGAGUCUGGUCUUAUUGUUGAUCAGUUGAAACAGACAGUGGAUUCACAGCUUCAGUCUUCUUCUCCUUCUGCUUCUGCUUCUUCUUCUCCUUCACAGCUGUACUCACAGCUUUCCACUUGUGAUUGGAUCACUAAGGCUACUGAUAAAACCAGGUCUGAACAGGGCUUUGAUGUUUGUUAACUUCCAGUUUGCGAAAUGUGACAAACAGGUCAACCACAAGGAAAACAUAUUAAAGUCUUGCACAUUUUGAAAUGUGACACAUAAUGACUUUAGUAGGAAGAAAGGUAGCAAAAUGUUGCCUCUUAGUACACAAGUAGCUGGGUAGGCAUUGAGCUUGAUCUUCAAUGCCAUUUUUCACACCAGUUUCAGGUGAGACAAGCAUUUCAUUUUUACAGAUAUCACUGAAUGCAUUGACCUAGAAUCCAGCCUUGGUCACCUGCUUGGAAGGCAGAUAUACUAACCAUAAACACGUACUAUAAGAAUCUGCCUGUAUGUGUAUGAAAAGGAGGUAAAUCUUCUGUCUUUAAAUUAACUUCAUAGUUAACUUUACUUUAAAGAAGGCCAACAAAAGGCACUGCUUUGAAAGAAUAUACAAUGAACAAAUGGACCUGCUUGUUUCUUUGCACAGAUGAGGACUGAUGUUUCCAAAGUAUAAAUCUAUACCUUAUAACCCCCAGACUUGACAAUCUACUGUUGAAAGCCUUUGAAGUUGCUGUUAAGGUGCCUAAUUUCUCUUUCUGCUGCUUGAUGUUCAUUUUCUUCCAAAUGUGGUUUCAGCUACAUGCAAGGUUUCUCUGGUUGAGCAAUGACAUGAGUCCUUUAACUUUGUGUGAAAACAAGGCCCAAAUGACGCUGUGCAAUUUAGUAUGUGAGCAACAGAUCAGACUGGUGGGAUGGUGGAUCACUGUGCAGUCCAUGUCUAUGUCUGUCCGCAUUACUAUCAGCUCCCACUUCUUUUGCACUGCCUGCUCAAAUCUAGGAUCAAAACUGGGGUUGAGUCAACCUCAAAAUACUUUUCAUCAGACAUACAGAUUGUGUCCAGUUUUUUUUAGCUUGGAUAUCUUUAUAAGUAAAUACAGAACUUGGCCGCCGAAUAGUGAUCGGAAUCACAAUCUUACUUAUUGUUGUUCUUUCUGUUCAGUUUUUCCUUGUUGGCUUUAGAAGAUGAACUCCAGAUUGGUGAAUCAAAAUCUUAUUUAAGUCAGUGGAGGAAAAAGUCUGUGAGCCUUUGGGUUCUUUGUUGCUUCUUCCUCUGAUUAAGGGGUUAGCUAUGCUAACCUCUGGAGGAGCUGCCACUGUUAUUUUCAAACCCACAGCUUCUUUCACUGGUCAUCACACUUAAACUACGCCUGUAACAACCAGUAGUUCCUCUUUGGACACUGAUUAAACCACUGUGUGUUCUGUCCCAAGCAUAUAGCUUGAAUAUAGAACAAUAAUAGAACUAGCUAUCAAAUGAAAAAUAUGGUGUCUGUUCCAGUCCAGUGGGAAUUGCUCACCCGGCACAUAAUGUACGCCCUGGUUAUGCACAAAGAACUUACCAAAGAAGGAAGGGUCAUUGCGUCAAUUAAUUGUAGAAAACGGAGAAACAUUUAUACCCAACAUAUCCACACUGUAUCACUGAUGGAUAAAUGCCUCCAGAACAUGAAAGAACAAACUUCAGAGAGGUGAUUUACCGCAGAGUUUUUUCACAAAUUAUUAGGGGUGAUAAUAUCAUAUAAUAACACCCGAUGUUGCUGAUGAGACUGCAACCACGCUGCAAAGAGGACCCUCACUCAAAUAAAAUGGAAGGACAAUAAAAACUGUCAACAUAAACUCAAUGUUAACCUCCUCUAUGAAGUGUGUUCUUUUAUUUUCUGGAGACAUUUCUUAAUUUCUGUGUGCUUCUCCCAUUCACCACAGCCCACAAGUGAGAUUUAGUGACCUAAUGACCUUCUGUCUUUUUUUAGGAGUUUCUCCCACUGGCUCCACCAAUUUAAACAAUUUCCUGUCGGGGAUUAAUAAAGUAUUCUGAUUCUGAUUCUGAUUCUGAAUAGGUUCCCGCUCUGCCCAUAGACUUAAUACUGUGAUAACAUCACAGAUUUUUGGAUUGCUUUUCUCAGUUUGAUGAAUGUUUUAAAAGAAAUCAACCCCCAUGGAUCAAAAAUGUAUAAUAAAUGCCAUUCAAGGUGUGGUGUCAACAUUUACAUAGACGUCUCUUUCAUGAUAGAGAACUAGGGCUCCAGGGGAGUUUUUCACUGCUAUACUGUAAUAGGCCCCUGGGCUAAAUUGUUGGCAAGGCUGUAUGAUGCCAACAUAUCCAGGUCUAAAUAGUAGUCAUAAGCUUGAACCAUGGCAAGAUGGAUUUGUGAGCUCACACAAUCACGCAAUCUCACUAGUCCAGCUGCCUCACAAGGUUAGGAGACCAAACCAGAGCUACAAUGAUGGUAUUCUUUAUUUAUUUAUCAGGUCACAUGAAACAAAUUCUAAUGUUGCUCUGCAUCUGCUGGAUGGGUAAAGAGACAAAUAGCAAAUGGCAGUGGCUGCUUUUCUGUUGUGGAAAUGUUGUGUUUCUUUUCGUUGUGUCAGCUUGUGGCCAAAAAUAAUAAGUUAAUGCACUUGGACUUGGAACUGACCCUCUUGCAGAAGCAGAUGUACUACAUGAUUUAAAACUGAUUUGAGCAGGUACAGUGAAUGGAAGUGAAGCCUGAGAUGUUUUGUGUUUAAAAACAGUGCCUAUUUUCUUUGAUUUUUCUCUGGUGUAGUGAUGGUGACUGUCCUCUGUGUUAACUGUUGACUUCAGAUGUCUCCAAUCACAGAAUCUCAAUGGAUACUAUCAUAGAACAGCAGGUCUCAUUCAGAUGAGUUGUCAUAGUAAUAGUAGUGGGAAAUGAUAUGGUACACCUAAGAUGGCUGCCAUGGCAUGUUAAAUAAUGAGCUGAUGAGCCACAGGCCAACUAGGGUUUAGCUGGUAUAUGGAGCUGCUAUUGUCUUUCAGUCAGACGCUAUAUCAUGAUCCGAUACUGGUUGACUUAUUACAUAUUCACUGUAGAGCUGGUCAGUGUUCUAUGAGAAGAAGUGGAUCCAACAUGAUUGUAAUGCAUUGUUUUAAUGAGAUUUAUGAGAAGUACAGUAGAGUCAAAAGGUCUGAGACCACUUGCCAACAUAUUUCUAAUUUGCAUUUGUUUCUAAUGUAAUGACAUUCUUUUUCAUUACAAAUAUCAGUUGAACAGUUUGAGUGAAAAGUGAAAUCUUUGAUAAAAAGGGACAAGAAAUGUAUGUAGUUCAGUUAGAGUUAGACAAAGCAUUUUUUCUGAAAAGCAUUUUAGAAAUCCAUGGACUUUGAACAUUUUAGUUUAGCCAUGAUUUGACUUGGACUUGAUGCUGCAGCAGGAUAAUGAGCCUGAACACACCUCAAAGCUUUCACACAACUGCUGAAGACCAUACAAGUCCAAGGAGUCCUGACUGUCUUGGACUUUGUUUCUUGCCAGCUGGACCUUUGGACAUUUCAAUGAUUCAACUUUUCUUGCCAAUUGUUACAUUUAUAUGACCUUUGUAAUGAAAAAAACAACAACAAUAACAACAACAACAAAAAACGUAGUCCAGUCAAAACAAAUGCAAAAUAGAAGUCAUUUGACCAGUGGCCUCAGACUCUUUAACCCCUACGGUAUGUGUGAUUAAAAAUCAUUAUGUUUGUAGUUUUAAUAGUUUGUGCUGCUAUUUUUGUCGAGAUUUUUGUCCCAUGAUCUUGCUGCUUUUGUAGCUUGGGGAGGAUAAGAAUGCAAAAUUUAAAAACAGUAAACAUUUAAUGGUUUGUCAUGAAAAUGGUCAAUGGAAUACUAUACAAGGCAUGCAGCUUAUAUUUGACCAUAGUGGCAUCUGUCUCCAAAACCUGUAUCAGCUAAACCCUUAACGUGAGACAAACUUCUUUUUUGACAAAAGAAAAAAAAAAAAUCAUUUCCAGAGAGCCAUUGUCUUCCAUUAUUUCACAGUACAAACAGAAUUCACUUAUGCAGCAGAAAUUUUACAUCAAAAGCAGAUAAGAAAUUCACUCUGAUGGAUUAUACAGUUUGAGUUUGAUUUUCAUACAGGUGCACACUAAAGUGCACGACAGUCAAUGAUAAUCUGGAAGAAAAUGCUUAAAAAAGUCAUCACGUUCAUUUCCACGCUGGCCAUCUGAGGUGCACAACAGGAAGUUGUGAUCCACCAGAAAGUGUCCUUUCCAUGUAUUCCACUGUUGUGAUUCCAUGAGGAACACCAUGGGGAUCUAAUGUACAUGACUCACUAUAUAUAUAUAUAUGUUAUAUUUCCUGUAUAGAUACUGUAUGUAUGUAUGUUUGUAUAGGAGUUAUUAUUGUAUGCUGUUGGUUUGACUAAACCUGGGUAUAACACCGCAUGAUAUCGAUGUUGUUAAAUGAAGACACACAGAUGCACAGACUGAUGAUGAUGAUGGUGAUUAUUCUUGUCAAUAAAUCACGUUUACAGCUGCA